GUCUCCCUGUCCGUUGUCUUUGGAUCGCUUCUCCAGCGUCAACGUUCCGUGUCGUUUGCUAUUCUCCUAUCACAGCCCACGAUUCCAAUCCCCUCUGCCUUGUUUUCAGUUGCCACGACUUGGACUCCUCACUUUAGCCCAUCAGACUAGGCCCGCCGGAAGUCGCCUCAUUUGCUCGACAAGCAAUCGGUCGCAAAACUACCUUCACCACAGCCAACAUGUCAACUCAGGCAGUCAUUCACUCUCCGGAGCGUCAACAAAACUUCCCCCCAACCCCACCUUCCGAGCCAGCGACCGAGAUUUCGAAGAUGUCGUCCGACAACGCAUCUGCCUCCGCCCAAACGACCGUACGCUCGAGGUGGCACUCGCAGCACAAGCACAUCUGGGUCAUAACUGGACCGGCCGGCUGCGGGAAGACCUCAGUUGCUGAGUACCUGCACUCGACAUUUUCGCUGCCAUAUUUGGAGGGCGACACGUUUCAUACGCCAGAGAAUGUCAAAAAGAUGGCUGAAGGAAAACCGCUCACCGAUGCCGACCGUUGGGACUGGUUAGUCCUGCUCCGCGAAGAGUCUGUCAAGGCUCUGCAAAAUUCCUCAUCAGAUGGAGUGAUUGUCACAUGCUCCGCGCUCAAGAGAAAGUACCGCGAUGUCAUCCGAAUCGCCGCAUACCACCAUCCCGAGAUCCAAGUGCAUUUCGUCUUCCUCAAGGCUUCGGAAGCGCUGCUCAUGGAUCGAGUGAGAGCGAGACAGAACCACUACAUGAAGGACUACAUGGUUCACAGCCAGUUCGAGAGUCUUGAAACACCCACCGAGGACGAGACAGAUGUUCUAGCAGUCGAUGCGAGCGGAACGAGCAAGGAAGUGCAGAACCUGGCACUGAAGGUCGUCGAGCAAGAGAUGACACGCGAUUCCACGUCCUAGCGGCUGGAACGAUAGUAACACGUUGUAUUGCAUGUUACUUCUUCUCUGCUGUACUCAAUAAUUCUUGAUUCGGUGUUUUAGCGUUGGCGUAAGGAAACGGGAUAUACCUGAGUCGGUCAUAGAAAAUGAUGGUUUCUGUUCUCAGACACCCUAAACUUUUCUCCAAGCAUCCUCAACAGUGUCCGCCAACUCUUGGAGAGUUUCGACUCGGAGCUUGAAGCCAUACUUCUCAGAAGCACCGCUGGGGUCGCCGCCCAUCGCGCCACCACGAUCUACCCACACGCUCUGCAGCUCCACUUGCUUUGCUGGACCAUGAUCGUGGAAAAGCGACUGCGCAACAUGGCAAAGCUCUGCUUUUUCAACACCGAAGUCCGAUUUGACGUGCUCCAACAGAUAGUGGAAGUUCUUCAAAUCCGGUUUGUAGGAACCAAUAUCCUCAGCGGUGUAUACUUUGUCGAAUUGGCAACCCUUUAGAGGCCCCGAGAGUGUCUGCUGGAAAGAAGCGA